AUGGCAAGUAGUAGUUCUUCUGCAGGAGGUGACAAGGUGAAUAAGCUGGUGACCAUCCUGAGCAUCGAUGGCGGCGGUGUGAGAGGGAUCAUCCCAGCCACCGUCCUCGCCUUCCUUGAGAAGGAGCUCCAGAAACUGGACGGGCCGGAUGCUCGGAUCGCGGAUUACUUCGACGUGGUCGCCGGCACCAGCACCGGUGGCCUUUUGACGGUGAUGCUCACGGCGCCGGACAAGGAUGGACGGCCGCUGUUCGAUGCCAAGGAUCUGGCAAAGUUCUACAUCGACGAGUCGCCCAAAAUCUUCUCACAGAAGGACUCAAUCUUCUCCAAGAUCGGCACAGCUCUGGGGAUGGUGACCGGGCCCAAGUACAAUGGCAAGUACCUCCAAUCGUUGCUCCGUCGGCACCUCGGCGCCACCAAGCUGGACGGGGCUCUCACCAGCGUGGUGAUCCCGGCCUUCGAUAUCACCCACCUGCAACCCACCAUCUUCUCCAGCUACCAGCUGAAGAACCAGCCAGCGAAGAACGCGCUCCUGUCAGACAUCGCCAUCGGCACCUCCGCCGCACCCACCUUCUUCCCGGCGCAUUACUUUGAGACCGAAGACGGCAAGGGCGGCACAAGGGCCUUCAACCUCAUUGACGGCGGCGUCGCCGCCAACAACCCUACACUAUGCGAUGAGCCAUGUGGCAGAGGACAUCAUCGUGGCUGGGAACGGUGA